AUGGCAGAGAAGUGCGACUGUAUCGCCAGCAUGUAUGGCUACGAUCUGGGUUGCCGCUUUGUUGAUUUCAGGCCCCUGGGCGUUGGUGCAAAUGGACUGGUUCUGUCUGCGGUUGACAGCAAAAGCUGCCGCAAAGUGGCUGUGAAGAAGAUCACCAUCAGCGACGCACGGAGCAUGAAGCAUGCCUUCCGAGAGAUCAAGAUCAUCCGCCGGCUGGACCACGACAACGUUGUGAAAGUGUAUGAGGUGUUGGGGCCUAAGGGAGCCGAUCUGCAAGGGGAGAUUUUCAAGUUUAACACGGUGUACAUAAUCCAGGAGUACAUGGAGACUGACCUGGCUCGACUGCUGGAGCAAGGAACGUUGACAGAGGAACAUGCCAAACUCUUCAUGUACCAGCUGCUGAGAGGGCUGAAGUACAUCCACUCAGCUAAUAUACUGCACAGAGACCUCAAGCCUGCCAACGUUUUCAUCAGCACAGAGGACCUGGUGUUGAAGAUUGGCGACUUUGGGCUGGCAAGGAUUGUAGAUCAACAUUACUCUCAUAAGGGUUAUCUUUCUGAAGGCCUAGUAACAAAAUGGUAUCGAUCUCCACGCCUGCUCCUCUCACCUAACGCCUACACCAAAGCCAUUGACAUGUGGGCGGCAGGGUGCAUCCUGGCGGAAAUGCUCACGGGAAGGAUGUUGUUUGCUGGGAAUCAUGAGCUGGAACAGAUGCAGCUCAUUCUGGAGACGAUCCCCGUUGUCCAUGAAGAGGACAAAGAGGAGCUGCUCAAAGUGAUGCCAACUUUCAUCAACAGCACCUGGGAAGUGAAGAAACCUUUACGCAAACUGCUCCCGGAAGUGAACGGCGAAGCUAUUGAUUUUCUGGAGAAGAUCCUGACAUUUAACCCCAGGGAUCGAUUAACUGCAGAGAUGGGUUUGCAGCAUCCUUACAUGAGCCCAUACUCCUGCCCUGAAGAUGAACCAAUUUCUCAGCAUCCGUUUCGGAUUGAGGAUGAGAUUGAUGAUAUUUUACUGAUGGAAGCCAACCAGAGCCAGAUGUCCAACUGGGACAGGUGCAGCCCCAGGUAUCAAGUAAGUCUCUCUUCUGAUUUGGAGUGGCGACAUGACAAAUACCAUGAUAUAGAUGAGGUACAACGGGACCCACGAGCAGGAUCCGACUCCAUUGCUGAAGAAGCACAAGUUGAUCCACGCAAAUAUUCUCAAAGCAGCUCAGAGAGAUUCUUGGAGCAAUCACAUUCCUCAAUGGAUCGAAUGUUUGAUGUUGAUUAUGGGAAAUCAUGUGAUUACAAAGUGGGGUCACCUUCCUACUUGGACAAACUGCUAUGGAGAGACAAUAAACCCCAUCACUACUCAGAGCCCAAACUUAUCUUAGACUUGUCGCACUGGAAAACAGCAACUAUAGCACCCACUGCAGAGUUAUCACUGGAAGAAGAACCAUCCAACCUCUUUCUAGAGAUAGCUCAAUGGGUAAAGAGCACACAGUCAGGGCUUGAAUGCCCUAGUCCUCUUCCAGAGCUUCAAGAACAGAGUCUGCCAUCUUCUCCUCACCAUCAUCAUAAAGAAUCCAAGGAUGUAAACAGUGAAACAGACCCUCAGUUUGACUUGGAUGUCUUCAUCUCUAGGGCGCUGAAACUUUGCACGAAACCCGAGGAUCUUCCAGACAAUAAGCUCAAUGAUAUCAACGGGGCUUGUAUUCCAGAACACCCUAAUGAGAUUGUACAAACAGAGGUGUUUCAGAAAGAGAGGUGGUAA